GUAAUUAACAUUUCAACUGUCAAAAAAAGUAAACGCAAACCACAUCCAACAUUUUUGUAAAAGUAGUUUUUUAGUAGAUUUAAUGGAAAAGUUUUCAAAAGUAGAGAAAAUCGGCGAAGGAACUUAUGGAGUCGUAUAUAAAGCAAAAGACAGAGAAACUGGAAAUGAAAUUGCUUUAAAGAAAAUCAAACUAGAAAAUGAACCUGAGGGCGUGCCCUCCACAGCCUUACGUGAGAUCUCAGUGCUGCGCACGCUCCGGCAUGAAGGGGUGGUCCGGCUGCUCGAUGUGCUGCUCGCUGACCGGAAGCUGUUCCUCGUGUUUGAGUACAUGCACAUGGAUCUCAAGAGGCUGAUGGACCUCACAAGGGGCCCAUUGCGUCCGGAACUUGUCAAGAGUUACGUCCGCCAACUAGCCGCGGGCCUCGCGUACUGUCACGCCGCUCGCGUCCUGCACCGAGACCUAAAGCCUCAGAACCUGCUCGUGGACAGCGGGCGCAUCAAGCUCGCGGACUUCGGCCUAGCGCGCGCCUUCGCUCUGCCUGUCCGUGCUUACACACAUGAGGUUGUGACGCUAUGGUACCGAGCGCCCGAGAUCCUGCUGGGGGCCAAGUUCUACUCCACCGCCGUCGACGUGUGGAGCCUCGGUUGCAUCUACGCUGAAAUGAUGAGCGGGCGCACGCUGUUCCCGGGCGACAGCGAGAUCGACCAGCUGUUCCGCGUGUUCCGCGCGCUGGGCACGCCGGGCGGCGCGCUGUGGGCGCGCGCGCGCCGCCUGCCCGACUACCGCGCCGCCUUCCCGCGCUGGCCGCCGCGCGCACCGCGCCUGCUGCUGCCGCAAGCCGCACAGCUCCUCCCGCACGCCGCCGACCUGCUGGACGCGCUGCUCAGAUACGAGCCAGCCGAACGUCUGUCCGCGCGCGCAGCCCUGCAGCACCCGUUCCUGCAGGACGCGCGCCUCACGCCGCCCGACAUCCCGCUGUCCGCCGCCUCCACGUCGCGCCCCUCCGCCGCCGCCGACCUGUGACUACUCUAGUCGCCAAACUCACAACUCUCGCGACAGACGUCCGCUCGGCUCGACGUCCCGAUAUGGAGUGAAAUUAUAGAGUAGGCUUGUGUCGUUCACGAACUAUGAACUGUUAGGAAUAAAAUCCCAUCAAUGACCGAAAUGAACUGAAUCUUUCCGUGCUCUGAGAAUCGGUCUUUGCUCAUUUAGUUCAGUAUAGGA